UGGUUACACGUGAGGCUGGGGCUGAGCUUAAUAUUUCAGAGAGCAGCCACAGGGACCCACACUUCCCUACUGCAGUGGUCCAGUACCUGACCACCUUUGACCAGUCUUCAGGGAGCGUUGCUGAGGAAGAGCAUCACCAUGCCUAAAGUCCUAGUGCCAGUGGAAGGUCAACAGAAGACCGAUGACACGAUGCGGGCCUUCGCGGAGCAGGUCUUUGCAUCUGAGACCAAAAGUGAGGACAUCCGUGAUGAGAUCUCAAUGUUCGAUGUGGCUGAGGACUGUCCUAUCAUCCAUCAUGAGAUGGCCCAUCAUCUGCACACUGAGGACAACGCUGAGAGACGCAAGAAGCACCAGCGUACCCUCACUGUAGUCAAAGGUUCCACUCAGGCAACUGCCCCUGUAAUGAAGCUGGAAGUGGACACUCCAGCUUAUCUGGAAGUGCCUGAAUUCCAGAGAGUAGCCAUCAUUGGAGACUAUGCCUCUGGGGUGACCAUGGAUGACUUUGAGUUGUCCUGUAAGGGUCUGUACCGGGCACUGACCAUCAGGGAGAAGUACAUGAGAUUGGCCUAUCAGCGUUAUCCCAGAACAACCUCCCAGUUUCUGCGUGAGAUCGAGGGAGAGACCUUCAAACCUGAGGACCAGGUGCAGCCAGUCUUCACACCUCCUCCAAAGACCGGGGAAGACCCCUUUGAUUUUAAUAGCCUCCCACAGAACCUGGGCUAUGUGGCUCGCAUGAAGGAAGGUCUCAUGUACGUGUACAACGAUGACGCAGCCGCUGACAAGCAUCAGCCCAAGGACCUGCCGUGCUCCGACUAUGCCACCUUCAUUGACGACAUGAACUUCCUCAUUGCACUCAUUGCUCAGGGCCCAACCAAGACUUACACUCAUCGCCGUCUCAAGUUCCUCAUGUCCAAGUUCAAUGUGCAUGAAAUGCUGAAUGAGAUGGAGGAGUUGAAGGAGCUGAAGGUGAACCCCCACAGGGACUUCUACAACUGCAGGAAGGUUGACACUCACAUCCACGCUGCCGCCUGCAUGAACCAGAAACACUUGCUGCGCUUCAUUAAGAAGUCCUAUCGUGUGGACGCCGACCGUGUGGUGCACAAACUGAAAGGCAAGGAGGUCACCAUGAAGGCGCUCUUUGAGUCUCUCAACCUGCACCCCUACGACCUGACCGUGGACUCCCUGGAUGUGCACGCUGGCAGACAAACCUUCCAGCGCUUUGAUAAAUUCAACGCCAAGUACAACCCAGUGGGAGCCAGUGAGCUGCGUGACCUGUACCUGAAAACAGAGAACCACAUCGGGGGAGAAUAUUUUGCCACCAUUAUCAAAGAAGUGGCCAGUGACCUGGAGGAUGCUAAGUACCAGUACGCCGAGCCUCGUCUGUCCAUUUACGGCUGCAAUCCCAGUGAGUGGACGAAGCUUUCAAGCUGGUUCGUCAAGAACAGAGUCUUCUCACCUAACCUCAAAUGGAUGAUUCAAGUUCCUAGGAUCUAUGACAUCUUCAGAGGCAGGAACUUUGUUCCCCACUUUGGCAAAAUGCUGGAGAACAUUUUCCUCCCAGUGUUCCAGGCUACGAUCAACCCACAGUCCAACCCUGAGCUCAGCAUCUUCCUCAAACACGUUACAGGUUUCGACAGUGUGGACGAUGAAUCCAAACACAGUGGUCACAUGUUCUCCACCAAGAGCCCCAAACCAGAGGAGUGGGACAUUGCCAAGAACCCCUCCUACACUUAUUACAUUUACUACAUGUAUGCAAACAUUGCUGUGCUCAACCAGCUCCGCAUACAGAGGGGUAUGAACACAUUCAUGUUCAGGCCUCAUUGCGGUGAAGCUGGUGCCAUCACCCAUCUGCUGGCUGCCUUCAUGACAGCUGACAACAUCUCUCAUGGCCUAAAUCUUAAGAAGAGCCCUGUGCUGCAGUACUUGUACUUCCUGACCCAGAUCCCCAUCGCCAUGUCCCCCCUCAGCAACAACAGUCUGUUCCUGGAGUACGCCAAGAACCCCCUGCUGGAGUUCCAAAAGAAGGGCCUGGUGGUGUCUCUGUCCACUGACGACCCCAUGCAGUUCCACUACACAAAGGAACCCCUAAUGGAGGAAUAUGCCAUUGCAGCUCAGGUCUUCAAGCUUAGCACCUGUGAUAUGUGUGAGAUUGCCAGGAACAGUGUUAUACAGAGUGGUCUGUCUAAUGAGGAGAAGCUCCACUUCCUGGGUAAGGACUACCUGAAGGAGGGUCCAGAAGGCAACGACAUCCGCAAAACCAACGUGGCCCAGAUCCGUAUGGCUUACCGCUAUGAGACCCUGUGCUAUGAGCUCGACCUGAUCAAGGAGGGUCUGAAGGUUGAUUGAACACAGUCCAGUCUGACACACAGGUUAUUUCUACAGCUUCUAAAUCUAUUUUUCACUAUCACUGUUAACAAAGUGAGUGUAAAAGAAAGUGGCCUUCUAACUGAUGUCCUCUCCUCUGCAAGAACAAACUGGUUAAUGUUUGUCUUCUCUUCUGUACAUUAUUUGCACAUCGGUGUCAAAUAGCCUUGUGCGUUGCCUUUGGUUAUGUGUAUUUUGUAUGGGGAAAACAUCAUGUAUUGGAAUGAUAAAAAAUAAAAUUGAUGUAUCUGCUA